AUGUGGAUCAACAAUCAGAGCUCACUAGAUGACUUUAUCUUACUGGGGUUCCCUGAUCGCCCCUGGCUGGAGACACCAUUCUUUGUCAUCUUUCUGGUGGCUUACAUCUUUGCCCUACUUGGAAAUAUCUCCAUUAUCCUGGUUUCCCACCUGGAUCCCCAGCUUGACAGUCCCAUGUACUUUUUUGUCUCUAAUCUAUCCCUUCUGGAUCUCUGCUAUACCAGCAGCACUGUCCCACAGAUGCUAGUCAACCUUCAGGGACCAGAAAAGACCAUUAGCUAUGGUGGUUGUGUUGCCCAACUCUACAUUUUCUUGGCCUUGGGUUCUACUGAAUGUAUACUUCUAGCCAUCAUGGCCUUUGACCGUUAUGCUGCUAUUUGCAAGCCCCUUCACUACCCAGUCAUCAUGAACCAGAGACACUGUAUCCACAUGGCCACUGGGACCUGGAUUAGUGGCUUUGCUAACUCCCUUGUGCAGUCCACUUUCACAGUGUUGACCCCACGAUGUGGACAGAGGGUGAUAGACCAUUUCUUCUGUGAAGUUCCUGCUCUUUUGAAAUUAGCUUGUACUGAUACUCAUGUGAAUGAGGCAGAGCUCAAUGUGCUAGGGGCUUUGCUACUUCUGGUGCCCCUCACCCUCAUCCUGGGCACUUAUGUGUUCAUUGCUCAGGCAGUCAUGAGAAUCCGCUCUGCUGAAAGUCGCUGGAAAGCCUUUAAUACCUGUGCUUCCCAUUUGCUGGUGGUGUCCCUCUUCUACUUGACAGCCAUCAGUAUGUAUGUCCAGCCUCCCUCUAGCUAUUCCCAUGACAGGGGGAAGAUCAUGGCUCUCUUCUAUGGAAUCGUCACACCUACACUCAAUCCAUUUAUCUACACACUGAGGAACAAGGAUGUGAAAGCUGCCCUUAGAAGGGCACUGACUAAGGAAUUUUGGGUCAGGACAAGGUGAGCUCUGAAGAGAAGGCCCAAGAAAUAAGGAUAGAUAUGUUUGCCUUUCAGAGAAGCUGUCAGACAUGAGAGAAAAGUGUAUCAAGUGUUAUAAAGUUCUCAAGUGGAGCAUGACCAAGAAAGAAAC